ACCAUGUGUGCACACAAGUGAAAAUGACAUCUGGCAGCAGAAGAGCAUGGAAACUUGAGGGAGGAGGAAACAUCUUCAGUCUGGCAGGGUCAUCAAAGCAGCUCAGCUGAGAAAGAACACCCCCUACAGUCCUAGGUAGAAUUCCACAUUCAAACCUCAAGAGAUGUCUCAGGAAGUGGACUGGUUACACAGCCAAGCAGGUGUGUGUAAGGUAGAUCUCUACAAUCCUGAUGGAGGAAAGGACCAGGACCGCAAAGUGAUUUGUUUUGUCGAUGUCUCCAGCCUGAACAUAAAAAGCACAGAUGAUACAGAUAAAGAUGCUGCUGGCCAGUCUAAAGCCAGUGAAUCUUGCACUGGACUUGAUCUGGGGAACAUGCAGGACAAAGAAGUCAUUGUAAUAAAGGAUAGUGAGACACCAGAACAGUCUAAAACUGAAGGAGCAGUAUGUCUGUUCAAACAAGGUUCAACGGAAGAACUCAACGUUGUGUCCUGGCUCUUCGAUGACCUGCAGAAAUAUGCAUGUGGAUUCCAACAUGCUCUGACUCCUUCAGGUGGCCCUCAACAACAAAAACCAUCAGCAGCUGACAAAAUGUCCCAGAACAACAACAAUACAGCUUUCAAAUCUUCUGAAGGUCAGAAAGCAUGUUCAGAUGAGGUAGCAAGCACUGUUCAAAAGCUAUGUUCUUUGGUUAUGCAAAUGGCAAGUAAAGAGAUCUCUGAAAAUCUGGAAGACGCAGCCAGUAAAUGUAUACGUCAGGCAAUUUAUGCCUCAAAAGAUGGAAAAGCUCUCAAUCCUGCUAAUGUAAGUAAGGUUGCAUCUAAGAUGGUGAACGAAGCUAUGGAAAAUGCCCAAGACCCCAGCACUAAAUCAUCUCAAGAGAAGAUUGCAGGCAAGGAAGAGGGUAAAGGAGGCCCCAAAAAAACAUCUCUGUUUUAUGGUGAAGUAUGUUCCAACCAAAGUGAGUCUAUACAAGAUGAAGAAAUGAAGCAUUGCCAAGUAGUCCACCCAAGGAGACAGUCAGCUCGCAAUGACUGUGGUUCGUUUAACAAAGGACUAAUGGUUUAUGCAAACAAAAACGCCAAGGAUAUGACGUUCUCAUUUGUGAAUGCCACAAAGAUUCACAAGAGGCAGCCACUUCCAGCUUGUGUUGUUUUGAAAAGAGUGUUUCUCAAACACACAAGGGAUGUCAUAUCAGACUUAAUUGAUUCUACCAUGAAAAAUCUACAUAAUGUCACGGGGGUCCUCAUGACAGACUCUGAUUUUGUUUGCACUGUAAAGAAGAACCUCUUCAAUGCAGGAACGCAGAAGUCAACUGAGAUUUUAGAAGCAAUGGUACUACGAAUGUAUAAUGCUUUGAUGACAGAAACUAAGGAAAAAGGCCAUAGUCUUGUAUACUCUUUACUGAAAACAGGAUGUUCCAUGGACCCUAACGCUCCCACUAUGCACUUUGCAUCUUUGAAGGGUGGAUUAUCUACGAGGGAAAAGGGUAAGCAAGACACAGGACAGACAUCAGCCCAGAGAGUAGGUGAGACAAUAAUUAAAGAUGGAAUUAGCAUGCUACGUUCAAAAGCAGGAUGCAAGCCUCCAGACAGGGGAUGUCCUAACAAAAAGACAGAAAAGAGUAACUCCACAACUGAGUUUCUAGCAAAAGACCUCAUUUUGACAGCUUUAAUGCUGAUCCAGCAACAUCUGUUAACUCAAUACAAGGAACCACACUGCGAGUCAAAUUCAUCUUCAUUUGGGUAUUAUGAAAAAGGAGGCAAACAUGGUAGUAAAACUCGCAGUUCCAACAAGUGUGAUCCACAACAGCAAGAAUUCCAGAAGGGAGAAAUACAAAGUGCCCUCCUAUCAAUCAUCCAGAAAGUCCUACAAGAGGCUGGCUUCAAUGUAGAUGAAUGUGAAGUAAGCAAGAAUUUCAAACAAUGCUCAUUUGAUGAGCGGUCUAGCAGAAAGUCCUCAGACAAACACUGCAGUUCAGAGGUGGAUUCUGAAAACAUGGAUCAAAUAAACAAGACAUUCAUUGACCAGCUGAUGGAGUCUGUGAUGAAGCUGUGUAUGUACAUGACUAAAAGCCCUGAUUUUGUUGUUGAAGAAUGCUCUGAUGAUCAGGCUACAUACUUUACUGCGAGAAACAAAGGUGUAUCAACUCCAGAUUCGAUGACAUGCCAGAAACCACAAGCCACAGGUAUUGGAAAACCACUUGUGCCUGCUGGUUCUGAGGUGAUAGUGAACAACCAGUGUGCCAACACCAGCUCACAGAACAAAGAGCUCCAGGCUGUCCUCCAGUGGAUGGCUGCCUCUCACUUCCAAGUGCCCAAUCUUACAUUUAUGAAUGAGAAUGAUGAGGAACUGAAGAAGCUUCCUAAAUUGGCUGACAAAGCAGCCAAAAAGGGUUCAAGUGUGGGGGAUAUUCUGCAGGAGGUAAUGAAGUAUUUCGAAAAACAACAAGUUGAUGCCGCUGUGGGAAACAUGCCUCGUGGCGGACUUCUUGACUGGUUGCUUGCUAAUCUGUAGACAAGUGCCAACACCUCCCUCUCAUUACUCCCACCCAGCAAAGUGCCAUCUGAAUUACCGGAUGGAAUAACAAUACAGCUCAUUUUCCAUAGACAACACUUCAUCAAAUUCCACAGGCUGUUACACACUAGCUGGGCAAAAUCAUCAAUAAAAAACAUACACAUGUCA